AUGGAAGCGACAAUCUUUUCUAGUUCGUUAUCGAUUUUGGUGAAUGGUAGUCCUACGAGUGAUUUCAUGGCAUCUAGAGGGCUUAAACAAGGUGACUCGUUAUCUCCAUUUUUAUUCUUACUAGUGGCGGAGGGGUUGGCAGGGUUAAUGAGGAAUGCAUGUGAGUUUGGGAGGUUUAGAGGUUUUCAUCUCAACGAUCUUAUUCACUUUGAAAUGUUACAAUUUGCGGAUGCUACAGUGCUUAUUUGUGACUGUUCGUGGUUGAAUUUGUGGUGCAUUAGAGACUCCUUUCUUGAUGCCGCUUCAGGUUUUUUGACUUCCGAAGUCGGAAAAUUAUCGUUUCUCUUUCUCGGUAUUCUGGUGGGGGCUAACCAUAGACGCAAAGCCACUUGGUUUUUAGUGAUUGCAAAAUUGACGAGUAGGCUAUUUUCAUGGAGGGGGAAGAACCUUUCUUUGAGCGGCAAGGGGAAUGGUGAUGGUAAGAGAAAGAUGUAUUGGGUUACUUGGGAUAAGGUGUGUUUGUCUAAACAGGAGGGUGGUUUGGGAGUUAAAAGUUCGGUGGAUUUUAAUCUUUCAUUGAUGUGUAAAUGGGGGUGUCGGUUGUUGUCGGAUAAAGACGCUUUAUGGUCUAAUCAUAUUAAGUUUAGAUAUGGGAGUUGUUUAGUCAAUAUUUUUGGGGGAGAGGUUCACCAUAAUGUUUUGAAAUCAUCGCUUAGGCGGAGGGAUGUGUUUGGAGUGUGCAAUCUUCAGAUGGGAGAGGAGGCUUGGUUUCACAAGAUCAUUUCUUGUAAAUUAGAGAAUGGGGCGGAGAUUAAUUUUUGGGGUCAUUGUUGGUUGGGCCCGAGGCCUUUGAAGGAGCUUUUUUCAAACGUUUAUGAAGUUUGUGAGUCGUGUAGGAGUAAGAUGGGUAAGGUGGGGUUUUGGUAA